ACUGUUGUCACUGACUCACUGGUGCCACCUCCCCUCCUUUCCCUUCCUUUCUUCCCCAAUCCCACCCCUCCCCUCCCCACCAGCCUACUGCUCCUCCUCCUCUGUCGCCGCUGCUGCUCUCCCUUUUACUCGUUUCCACCUCCCACCCUCUCACCUCACCUGCUUUUCUCCUUCCCUCUCCAAUCAACCCAUUCUCCCCCAAUACCCCGUCCUCUCUGUUCCCCUCUCCCUCCCCUAGCUUAGCUUCCUGUUCUGAAGUUGGGGCUGCUGUUGCUGUUCUCUUCCCACCUAGUCGUCUCGUCCCUCCCACCGACUGCUGCUGCUUCCCCUCCCUCUGGUCAAAGCGCCUCCAAGAUUUGCUGUUUCCUGGAGGAGCAACACGCAGCCAAGCAGGCUGUUCUUGGAAGUCAGGGCGGCAAGACUCAACAAGAGAGACAAGGGAUAAAGGGAGGGAAGAAAAGAGGAGGAGAGAUAAGGCAGGGGUCGAGGAGAAAGGGUGUGUUUGCUCCCUUCGGGCAUUGAAUUGGAGGCAACAGUGGAGGUAGGCGGCUGCUACAGCUCGGCGGCCCUCCAUUAAUUAGCGCUGCGUUGGCCCCGAUCGAAUCAUCGAUCACGCGGACGCCCUGUGGCGCAUGCGCAGCGCGGACCGCAGCCGCCGGAGCGGCAGCACCAGAAAGGCGAUGUAGCUCUUUGAGCUCCGAAGAAAUGACCGGUGCAGCUCGUGGGAGGAGUGGUCGGGCGGGGAUGGAGGAGAAGGACGCGGCGGCGGGGCUGGGCUUCCUGGGGCUGGACAGGAUGCGGCUGCUGCUGCCGCUGCCGCUGCCGGAGAAGCUAGCGGCCAAGACGCUCCGGAGCCACCUGUGCAACCACUACCUGGGAUCGCGCAAGGUGCGGGAGCAAAGGCGAUGGUUGCUGCUGCUGUGGUUGGUCAUCUGGUCGCUCCUCUCCUUCUGGAUCCUCGUCUUCAUGAACUCGCAGGCCGUCGAGAAGCGCCGGGAGGCGCUCGGCAGCAUGUGCGACGAGCGCGCGCGCAUGCUCCAGGACCAGUUCAACGUCAGCAUGAACCACCUCCAGGCGCUCGCCAUCCUCAUCUCCACCUUCCACCACUCAAAGAAUCCAUCCGCCAUCGACCAGUUGACGUUCGCGACGUACGCGGAGAGGACGGCGUUCGAGCGGCCGCUGACGAGCGGGGUGGCGUACGCGGUGCGGGUGGCACACCCCGAGAGGGAGCAGUUCGAGCGGCAGCAAGGGUGGAGCAUCAAGAAGAUGUACUCCUCCAAGAAGCAAUCGCCGGGGCCGGGGGACGCCGAAGUCUGCGAGCCGGCCCUGGAGUACGCCCCCGUCAUCUUCGCGCAGGACGCCUACAAGCACGUCAUCUCCUUCGACAUGCUCUCCGGGAACGAGGACCGCGAAAACGUACUGCGAGCUAGAGAAUCUGGGAAGGGUGUUCUAACCGCUCCUUUCAAGCUGCUCAAUAAUCGUCUUGGAGUAAUAUCGACCUACACAGUUUACAAGUCCGAGCUUCCUCCGAAUGCGAGGCCGCAGGAGCGCAUCCAGGCUGCUAUAGGCUAUCUUGGCGGCAUAUUUGACAUAGAAGCACUUGUGGAUAAGUUGCUUCACCAGCUGGCGGGCAAGCAAUCCAUCAUGGUAAACGUGUAUGAUACUACUAAUGAGAGCCCGAUCAGUAUGUAUGGUUCGGACAAUACAGGCAGUGGCAUGUGUCAUAUCAGCACACUGAACUUCGGCGACCCGUCUAGGAGGCAUGAGAUGCACUGCAGGUUCAUGCAAAGGCCUCCAUGGCCAUGGCUAGCAAAAACGUCAUCAUUUGGAACUCUUGUGAUUGCUUUACUGAUUGGGUACAUAUUUCAUGCUACUGUCAAACGGAUUGCCAAAGUUGAAGAUGACUAUCAAGAAAUGAUUGAGCUCAAGAAGCGCGCGGAGGCUGCAGAUAUUGCCAAGUCACAGUUCUUGGCUACCGUUUCUCAUGAGAUCAGAACUCCAAUGAAUGGUGUUUUAGGGAUGCUCCAAAUGCUCAUGGAUACUGAUUUGGACACAACACAGCAAGACUAUGUUAGAACUGCGCAAGCUAGUGGAAAAGCUUUGGUAUCUCUCAUUAACGAGGUUCUUGACCAGGCUAAGAUCGAGUCUGGUAAACUCGAGCUUGAGGUGGUACUCUUUGAUCUUAGAACAGUUUGUGACGACAUUCUGUCACUCUUCUGUGGGAAAGCUCAGGAGAAAGGACUGGAGUUGGCAGUGUAUGUCUCUGACCAAGUUCCACGGACACUUAUUGGUGACCCAGGCAGAAUAAGGCAAAUCAUUACAAAUCUCGUCGGGAACUCCAUAAAAUUCACAGAGAGGGGUCAUAUCUACUUGACAGUUCAUGUCGUUGAAGAGGUCCUGAGUUGUUUAGAGGUUGAGACGGGAACUCAAUACACAAAUACCCUAAGUGGCUACCCAGUGGCGAACAGGAGGCACAGUUGGGAAAACUUUCGUCUUUUUAAUAGGGAACUACACUCAUCUGAGAUGUCUUUUGCAACCGUUGCAUCUGACUCAAUAAGCUUGAUAAUAUCAGUUGAAGAUACAGGUGUUGGUAUCCCGUUUGAAGCUCAAUCCCGUGUCUUCACACCUUUCAUGCAAGUAGGUCCAUCCAUUGCUCGCAUUCAUGGGGGCACUGGCAUUGGAUUAAGCAUCAGCAAAUGCUUGGUUGGUCUCAUGAAGGGAGAGAUCGGGUUUGCAAGUAAACCCCAUGUUGGUUCUACUUUCACCUUCACUGUAGUGCUUACGAGGGGCCCCUCCAGCGGCGAUGAGAGCAAAUCGUCAGAUUUUAAAGAGAUCAAUGCAUUGGUGGUUGAUCAUAGACCAGUCCGUGCCAACGUUACCAAGUACCAUUUGCAAAGACUGGGAGUUCAAACCGAAUUGACAACAGACCUUGAUCAAUAUACUUCUAAAGUGAAUUGUGGAUCACGGAUUGUGAAGCUUGUGCUUAUUGACAAAGAAACAUGGCUGAAGGAAUCACAUUCCAUGCCUCCUUUGGUUAGUAAAUUGAGGAACAAAGAUCAGCCGGACUCUCCGAAGUUAUUUCUUUUGGAGAACCCUAAAAGUUCUGUCAAGAGCAGUUCACAUAUGUCCAGGGAAUACAACUUGAAUGUAAUUCUGAAGCCCCUUCGUGCAAGCAUGAUUCAGGUCUCGCUACGAAGAGCAUUGGGUGGGAUAGAUAAAGUGCAUUGCAAGAAUGGAGUAGUUGGCAACUCAACAUUGGGCAACCUUCUUCACAAGAAACAAAUCAUCGUGGUUGAUGACAAUAUCGUAAAUCUCAAAGUGGCUGCAGGUGCACUGAAGAAGUACGGCGCGGAAGUAACUUGUGCUGACAGUGGGAAGAAAGCAAUCACAUUGCUAAAACCUCCUCAUAGUUUUGAUGCUUGUUUCAUGGACAUACAAAUGCCAGAAAUGGAUGGAUUUGAAGCCACAAAAAGGAUUAGAGUGAUGGAACGAGAUCUAAAUGAGAGAAUAGAACGUGGAGAAGUCCCACCAGAAUGUGCAAAUGUUCGGCGGUGGCGAACUCCUAUAUUGGCCAUGACGGCAGAUGUUAUCCAGGCAACACAUGAACAGUGCCUGAAUAGGGAAAUGGAUGGCUAUGUUUCCAAGCCAUUUGAAGGGGAGCAGUUGUACAGAGAAGUAGCUCGUUUUUUCCAAAAUCAUGAUCAAGUUCAGUAGGUAGGUUUAUAUGGAGUGUAAAAUAGUGGAGGAUAUCGCCAACGCACCCGUCGAGGCACAAAGUAUUUUGUUGAAGAUCCUGUGUUCCCAAGAGUAGCCAGCAAUUUGCAGAGUUAGGGGUCCUAUUAAAACGCUAGAAAUGCUGAGAUGUGGCCUGCAGUUAGGUAAACCUAUUUCAAAUUGCUUUGAUUCUGAAACAUGUCGAUGCGUACAUUAAGCAAAAAUGCUGAGAUGUGACCUGCAGUUAGGUAGAAGUACUAAAGGCUGGAGAUGGAACCGCCAAUGUUCUAUUUCUUGGUACACCAUUUGACCAAGCUGCAAAACAAAGUGUACAAUAUCUUGAAAUGCAUGUGCAGCUACUCAACAAUUUUUUGAAGCCAAGGCGUGUGAAAAGUGCAGCUGCAUUCACUAACUGCAGAUGUCCUCUGCCACUGUAAUAUAGUUGUAGGGAGAGAAAAUAUCCUUCCACAUUUUCCCCCGGGAACUCACAGUUGUACAUAUUAGGUGCUGGUUGUUUGUGCAGGCAUUUCUUGGCUCUCUUGUAUGCAUUUUCUUCGCGGUGUGGGUCAAAGCUGUAAAUGACACAUUCAAAGAUGGAAAUUUUGUUUGACAAAAA